AUGUCAGAGGAAGCACCCGCACCUGCGGCCGCUGCCGCCCCGGCCAAGGCGGCCAAGAAGAAGACGACGGCUUCCAAGCCGAAGAAGGUGGGUCCCAGCGUGGGCGAGCUGAUCGUGAAAGCCGUGGCCGCUUCCAAGGAGCGCAGCGGCGUGUCCACAGCCGCUCUCAAGAAGGCUCUGGCUGCCGGAGGCUACGAUGUGGACAAGAACAAGGCCCGCGUCAAGACCGCCAUCAAGAGCCUGGUGGCCAAAGGCACUCUGGUGCAGACCAAGGGCACCGGGGCCUCCGGAUCCUUCAAGAUGAACAAGAAAGCUACCGAGAGCAAAGCCAAGAAGCCGGCCGCUGCCAAAGCCAAGAAGCCGGCCGCUGCCAAAGCCAAGAAGCCGGCCGCUGCCAAAGCCAAGAAGCCGGCCGCUGCCAAAGCCAAGAAGCCGGCAGCAGCCCCUAAAAAGCCCAAGAAGGCAGCGGCAGCCAAGAAGCCCGCAGCCGCUAAGAAGUCCCCCAAGAAGGCCAAGAAGCCCGCUGCGGCGGCAGCCAAGAAGGCCACCAAGAGCCCCAAGAAGGCGGCAGCCAAGAGCCCCAAGAAGGUCACCAAGAAGGCUCCCGCAGCCAAGAAAGCCCCUGCCAAGAAGGCCGCCAAGCCCAAAGUCAAGAAGGCGGCCACAGCAGGCAAGAAGAAGUGA